UCCUAAGUCAAAUUCCCCUUGAGAAAGAAGAAAAUGGCAUCCUCUCCUUUGAGAUCAAAAUCCUACCAUGCCCGUUCUGUCAGCUUGCCCUCUAGAACUCGUCCACUCAUUCCUCAAUUUGAUGACCAUUUGUGUAGACUUAAUGCUUCUUCUGAGGCUACCACUUCUUCAUUGCUGUCAAUAAGCAAUACAAUAAGCGGCCUGGAAAAUGUAUAUGACUGUGUUGAUGAAUUGCUCCGGCUACCUCACACACAACAAAGACUAGGCCAAGAAUGUAAUGAAAAAUCAGUUGAAGAAGUGUUGGACGGAUAUCUUAGGCUCUUGGAUGCUUGUGUGGCCACCAAAGACAUCUUCUCACUGACAAAGGAAGACGUGAAAGAACAACACUCAAACCUGCGGAGAAAAAGGGAUGCAAGUGACUUUGGUGGAUACAUAGCCUCUAGAAAGAAGGCGAAGAAGGUGAUCCUGAAGUUACUAAAUGAUUUAAAGUGUAUCAAACACAAAGAUAUACUUCGUGGUCUUUCCUUAGAUAAGAGUCAUGGAACUAUUGCUAUUUUUAGCAUGUUGAAAGAGGUUGAAAUUGUCACAUUUUGUGCAUUGGAGUCCUUGUUGUGCUAUGCUUCGGGAAGAAAGGUGCAAUCAAGGAGAAGUGGAUGGUCAUUGGUUUCCAGACUCAUGCACCAUGAGAGAGCAGCCUGUCAAGCAAAAGAAACAGUUGUUAGCGAAUUUGCGAAUAUUGAUGCUGCGAUCCGUGUGCUCGUUGGUCAUCAGCCAAUCAAAUCAGUCCACAACAAGAACAUCGAGAGGGUGCAAAACCAGCUAGGAGAGUUGGAGUUGAGCAUUCAAGAUGCGGAAGAAGUUCUAGAGCGCUUGCUCAGGCGUUUAAUUAGAACCAGAGUUUCCCUCCUCAACAUUCUUACAUUCUCAAUAACUAGACUAGAAAAUCCUGGAGCUGAAAGUUCAUACUUGUAA